CAGCGCGACGACGGCCGCACGUCGCGACUCUAUUUUGACGUCCGAAAUAAUAGUGUUAAGUGAAAAUGCCUAACAUAAUAAACGAAGUUAAAUUGGACUUUAAAGACGUGCUACUAAGACCCAAAAGAAGUACGUUAAGGAGCAGAAACGAUGUGGAUCUGUACCGGGAGAUCACGUUCCGCAACUCGGGGCAGACGUACCGAGGAGUGCCCGUCAUGGCCAGCAACAUGGACACCGUCGGCACCUUCGAGAUGGCCAAGGAGCUCUCCAAGCACGGACUGUUCACGUGCAUCCACAAGUACUACACGAUCGACGAGUGGGUGAAGUUUGCGACGGACCACCCGGAGUGCCUUGAGCAGAUGGCGGCCAGUUCAGGAACAGCCGAAGCCGACUUUGAGCGUCUCUCAGAGAUCCUGAACAACGUGAAAGAGCUGAAAUUCGUGUGCCUUGACGUCGCUAACGGCUACUCGCAACACUUUGUGGAGUACGUCAGGAGGGUGCGGGCGGCGUAUCCUACGCACACCAUUAUCGCUGGCAACGUUGUAACUGGAGAAAUGGUAGAAGAACUCAUUCUAUCUGGUGCUGACAUUAUAAAGGUGGGCAUCGGCCCAGGCUCCGUGUGCACCACGCGCAUCAAGACGGGCGUGGGCUACCCGCAGCUGUCUGCCGUCAUCGAGUGCGCGGACGCCGCUCACGGGCUCAAGGGACACAUUAUUUCUGACGGUGGCUGCACCUGCCCCGGCGACGUGGCUAAAGCUUUUGGCGCGGGCGCAGACUUCGUGAUGGCUGGCGGAAUGUUUGCUGGUCAUGACCAGUGCGGAGGCGACGUGGUGACCACAGCUGACGGGAGGAAGGUCAAGCUGUUCUAUGGCAUGUCCUCAUCUACAGCCAUGCUGAAGCACUCUGGAGGGAUUGCGGAUUACCGGUCUUCGGAAGGUAAAACCGUAGAAGUCGAAUACAGAGGGGACGUUGCAGCAACCGUAAAGGACAUCUUAGGAGGACUUCGGUCGGCGUGCACUUACGUGGGGGCGGCACACCUUAGGGAACUCCCCAGAAGGGCCACCUUUAUCCGGUGCUGCAGACAAGUCAACGACAGCUUUUCGUAAGCUGUAUGUCCUGUGUCCUGGGUAGGUCUUGUGAGACUCUUUUUUAGGAAUAAGGAAUGAGCUGGAGAAACUUAUUAAUUCUACUUAAAAUCUUUGGAGAUGAAACAGCAAUUUUGGAGAAGCAAUUUUAUUACAACUUGGUUGAGUUAACUACGCACCUGGCGGGCCGUGACGUCCCAUUGAUGCUCUGGUACGGACGGGGCGGUGUGUGCGAGUGAGUCGCAUUCCAGCGAGGUACGCAGUUAACUCGACCGGGUUGUAGUUGCUAUGUAGGUAAUAUGGAUAUAGGUAAUAUUCUUUUGAGAAUUUACCACGCUACAUCACAGUCAAAAAUAUUCAGAACGGAAACAUACAAAUUUCUCAGUAAUUAACUAACUACUAAGAAGAAUAUUCAGAAUUUUAGCACAUUUUUUCAAUUCAAAAUGUAGGUAGGACAAAUAUCUGAAAAAGGGUCACACAAGAAGGGUCGAUCAGACUUCAAGUUAGAAGUGUUUCUGGCUUUGAUGAAGCUAGGCUUUUUUUUCUUCUUAGCUUUUCUUCAUGGCUUUUCGAACUUCGUUAAUCGGGUGGUUUUAUGAACUAAAGAUUGUAAAGAUGGAAAUAUUGGCUCUUCCAAAUAAUACCUUUUGAGCAAACCUCACACUAAGGGCUCUGUUAACCUGUUUUUUUCAGAAUCUCGUUUAGUAUUUAUACGUGUUUUAAUAUUAACAUUCACCCUAACAUCUUGUUUGCUGUGUCCCGCCAAAUUCAGAAACGUUAGAAUUUGGAAUUCGGGAAUAAACGGGAUUCUGAAAAAAACGGGAUAAACAUCUUGGUGGGAAAAGGCCCUAGCUAGGUCUAAUAACCUUUUUAUUUGGAAGACCCCAAAGGUACGCCCAAUGUAUUAGGUAAAAUGAGAUGGCCUAAUCCAAGUCUUAAGUCUAGCUUCAUCAAACUAGAAGUUUCACAAGUAAAUGCUUGUAGACUCUUUUAUUACUAGUUAAGUCUUAAUUCUGAAGUGUUAUUGAUUCUCGAAGAAAUAGAAAUAAAUAAAACAGGGGAGAGAGUUGCCGCCGAUGAAUAAAAAAGUGAAUAAAAAUUCUUAAUCAAUUUAAGGUUUAUCCAUGUAUUAAGUCUUCUUUAUUAUCAUUACAGAGUAGGUUGAAUUUUUCCACCUCAAGGGUGUCAUAUACACUUAAUAAUUUAUUCAUUUAUUUGUCACCAAGAUGGAAUGAUGAAGAUGAAGAAUCUAUCUCACUGCGUCUUGCUGAAAAAAAAAACAAGUUUGUUUCUUUUUCUUCGAGGGUUAAACUACGCGCAAAUGUUGUGAAUUGUGAUGAAUGUCAGUGUUCAAAUUUUAUGUAGAACUAAUCCUAAGGCUGGCCGCUAGGUAGAACGUGAAAGCUUCUUGUUGUGAUUUCAUUGUACAAUAGAGAUUAUCUCAAUGUAGAUAAUAAUGUCGGAUUUGGAUUGAAAACAGAUUUUUCGAAGGCUUAUCUUCAUUCAUAGAUUGAAUGGAUACUAGCAAUGCAGCAAUCAAGUUUGGAGAGGCUACUCCCAAAAACGUCACAUUGUCAUGUAGGCCUAAGAUGCGCGCCGUGAUAACUUUUAUCGACGUCAAAAUUGCAAUUGAAGACAAACCGCUUAUCGCGGCGCGCAUCUUCUUAGGCCUACUGGAGUUGAAUGUGUCCAUGCCUCUCGCACCAAGCUGAUGUUUGUUCGAGCGACAGUGAGAGAUAGAACCAAAACUAUGAAAAACGGCGUUACGGAGUAGCUCUGUAGGCCUAGACAAGUGGCACAUCGUAUCUUUUCACGGAGCGAUGUAACUCCAUCCAAAAAACGUCAAAGCUAAGGCCUUUCGACAAUACAACUCUUGUCUCGCCACUUGUCUAGGGGGGCUUGUUGUAUCUUUAUUUUCAAUCGAAAUAAGUACAAAUCCAACAUAAUUAAUAAUUGAGAGAUGGUCUUUAUUACUUUUAAAUGAAACAUACCCCUGAUGUUGUCAGUUUUUGUAUGUUCUGUAUUCACAAAUUUCAGUGGACAGCCUGAAGGAUCCUAAUGUUAUAAUUUAAAAGGCAUUUCGAGGUUUUAGUGAAGUUUACCGACACUAUUUAGGUCAAAAUAUUACGUAGGCAAACGCUUGCGAAUCUGCACAAAUAUGUAAUACAUAACUAGGUACUUAAACAAUUAUUAGGAUAGGGUCAUUAAGGGUCUCCCGUUAGCUGGAAUUUGUUGUAUUUUUGUUUUGAUUUUCCUCUUGUGUUGAAAUAGCUUUUGCUAAGAGUCCAAAAUUGUUAUUCAUUCUUGGUAAGAAUUUAGACUUUUAAUCAGGUGAGAUGCAGGCCAAGACCAUAUUCGUUGUAAAUGUGGAUUGAGGAAUCUAGGAUGAAGAGACUAGUGCCUUUAAUGCCUUUGUAAAAGUUCAGAAACUUGUGGAGCUCUAGAAAACAAAAUGACAGACUCCUAGGGCACUUUGAUGCUAUUACGAACUAUUAUAUUCAGAACUUUACGGGAGACUCUUAAUUGUUAACGACUCUGCCUUACAAAUAGUCUCAAAUUUUGAUCUUUCUAGCUUAAUAUCUCAUGCUGGUGCUAUAUUGAAGUAAAAUAGUCGCGGGUAAGACAUAGAACGGACAAAUAGUUUAAUAUUACUAAAUAAUUCCAUAGUAUUCAAUAGAAAUGUAUCAAAGUUAGCUAAUUUAGAAAUGGUUAAGUUAACUAAAGACUUGUCAAUAUGAUAGUAAUAGGUUUAGGGCUUAACUCAGUGUCUGAGGUUUAAGACUGGCAUGGGAGGGGUGAUUUUGACAUUUAUAACAUGACAGAGCAUACAAACCUGAAGUCGCCUCUGUGGUCUAGUGGUAAGACCACCUGCUUCAGACGCAGAGGUCCCGGGUUUGGGAAUUUGGUUGGUGGUAGGGCUUGUUCUAAGUCCGCCUGGCUAGCUACCACCAUCUUACCUAAGUCUGUCGCCAUAACAACAAUGUUAGCAGCGUUGUUGUGUUCCGUCAGUUAGAGGUAAGAUGGCCAGUUCCUCCGGGUGAAGCUCGCUUCCACCUUCGGCCUGAUCAUCACUUACCAUCAGGUGAGAUACAGGCCAAGAGCUUCCUCGUUGUGGAUUAAAAAAAAAGUC